UAAACUCACGGGUAUUCUCUCAUGGUCAUGGUGCUCCCAAUGUUGCUGGUUUGUAUGGUAGUGACGGUAGUGAUCACCGUUCAUGUCAUCUGUGCCCUAGAUGAACACAAGCGAAAGAGAUUUUCCGGUGCAUCUCUUCCACUGCCCCCUGGCCCGGUCGCUCUCCCCAUCGUCGGGAAUGCCUUCAGCUUCAUCGGGCCGUUCGGCCACAACCCACACCGCAUACUCACGAGCCUCGCCAAAACCUAUGGGUCCAUAGUGUCCUUUCGGCCAGGCAUGGCAGGCAAUUUCGUGGUAGUGUCAUCCCCUGAAGCAGCACGUGAAGCUCUCAUCAAGAACGAUGCCGCGCUCGCUGCCCGGUUCGUGCCGGACAAUACACGCGCCUUAGGCCAUUGCUCGGAGUCAAUGUUCUUCCUCCCAACCUAUAGCCAUUUGUGGAAGCAGCACCGCAUCACAUUGGGUACCAGCCUCUCAACUGGCCGGGGCCUUGACACAACCCGCCCCAUUCGGGAUCGCCAUGCCUGUCGGCUCAGCGAGCACUUAAGGUUCUGCUCUGGCAUGCCAAUCAAAAUUGGAGAGGCCGUCCAAGGCACAGUGCUCGAUGUUAUGUCCAACAUCCUCUUCUCUAAGGACGGGACGCACUUGCGCGUGAAGGGGGGCCAGUUGUUCAAGGACCUCCUGGUGGAGGUCCUCGAGGACUGGACUAAGCCCAACGUUUCUGACGCUUUUCCCUUCUUCGCGUCACUUGACCUCCUUGGCUCACGCCGCCGAAUCUCCAGAGGUUUGGCUAAACUGUACAAGUUCUUUGAUGAAGAGUUCGUCGAACGUCGGUUAGGCAGCAGUGAGAACCACCACGAUUUGUUGGACUUCAUCCUCUCGCAGCAUGCCAAGUCGAAGCUCACGCGUUCAGAGAUCACCAAGUUCUUCACGGAUAUCUUUCUUGCCGCGAGCAACACAAGUAGGAUCACCGUGGAAUGGGCAAUGGCACUCCUACUUAAGCAUCCAGAAAAGAUGAAGAAGCUGCGUGCUGAGCUUGCAGCGAGCCUUGGGACCAAGGAGUUUGUCCAGGAGAGCGACUUGGACAAGCUCCCCUACAUCCAUGCUGUGGUGAAGGAGACACUACGACUGCAACCAUCAGCACCGCUGCUACCACGAAUGGUGUCCACGGACGGCAUGUCACUUGGCGGAUUCUCAGUACCAAUUGGUACCAACAUUCUGAUUAACCUUUGGGCCAUUGGAAGGGACCCAACGGUGUGGCCUCAGGCGGGAGAGUUUCUGCCUGAAAGGUUUCUGGGCAGCCGAUCACUGGACUUCCGGGGAUCAGAAGACUUCACAUAUAGGCCCUUUGGGGCAGGGCGAAGGAUGUGCCCAGGACUGGACUUCGCUGCGCAGUUGAUUCCACUUUUGCUAGCCUCGAUGUUGCACAAGAUCGACUGGAGCCUACCUGAUGGGAUCGUGCCUGAGGAUGUGGACCUCAGGGAUCGCUACAGCAUGGUUCUGGAGCUCGCUAAGCCCCUCAUUGCGGUGCCAGUGUCAACGGUGUGCCGUGCUCCGCCGUGGCUGAUGUAGCGUAACUUCAUAUCAGCCGCCGGUACACAAGUGGUUUUAGAGGUUUGUGUGGGUGAAUAUAGGGAAUUCAUACCCAAAUCCAAACCCAGCUUAAAGGUAUGGGUAUAUAUAUACACACACUAGCAAAUUUGCUCGUGCGUUGCCACAGAACGUAAACCUUGGACAAAAUACC